AUGUUCCCCAGACUCUUUGGACGGUGGAGUUUCCUGGUCUUCAUGCUCAGCUACGGAGCCCCCUCCUCGGGGAGGUCGCUGGAAUGGAACCUCCGCAGAAUCAAAAGAACAGUAUCAGAAUAUCAGCUGUUGCAUGACAAAGGCAAGUCUUUUCAUGAAACGCGCAGACGGCACUUCCUGCAAAAUUUGAUAGACGGGGUGAACACGGCCGAGAUCCGAGCCAUGUCCGAGGACUCGCCUAACCCUAAACCGUCCACCAUCGCCAAGAAUUACCCUGUGCGGUUUGGCAGCGACGACGAGGGCAAAUACCUGACUCAGGAGACCAACAAAGCUCAGACGUACAAAGAGCAGCCCCUUAAGACACCAGGGAAGAAGAAGAAAGGGAAGGCCGGGAAACGUAAGGAGCAGGAGAAGAAGAAAAGGAGAGUUCGCUCCGCCUGGCCCAGCUCCAGGGGGUCGGGCAGUGGAAUGGCACAGAUCCCUCUCUUGGACAUCUUUGGUGCUACACAUGUCAAUGCAAGGAGGCGCUGACAUCUUCAGCUGAGGUCUCUGGAAAACACAUCGCAGUAUUCUGUAAUACUGAACAUAUGGAAAGUAUUAUAAGUAUUUAUUAUCUGUAAAUACUGUAAAUAUAUCAAACUAAACCGUUGGGCCCCUGAUACUUUCCAAAGCUGCACAUUUGAACAUUGUGAAUAUUGUUUUAUUUUGUGACAAUUCUUGUUGUCACAAUUACCAUAAUUUAUUUUGUUGAAUGAUGUAUUUAUUUUCAUGAACUUUUAUCUUGGUGCUGCUGACUUUCUAUAAUUUUUUUGUAACAUGCACUUUAGAUAUACUUCUUUUGAG